GGGUCCCACAGGGGCAGAGCUCUCCAUGGAUACCUAGGGAUGAAGGUUGGGGGGUCAUGACAUCUCUGUGGUCACGACCAAGGCCAGAGAGGAUGAAAAGGUCUGGCCUUCAUCCCCAGGACCAUACUGACCACAGGAAGUGACAUGACACAGAGGAGGGAACGCCCCACUGAGGAGGAAAUGUCCCAGCGUGGCUCUCGUGUGUGACGCAGUGAGAAGAGCAGCUGCGGGCCAUCAGGAAGGACCUUGGUCUUGUCCAGUCAUUGGGACUCAGAGAAGCCCAGGGCACCAAGAGCCAGGGGUCUGCACAAGCCCGUACAGCUUCUCUCCCUAGGCUUCCUGCACCCUGACCAGCUCCAGCAUCGGACUCAAAACCAUGCUAGACUAGGAAGCAGAGGGGCCCAGAAAAGCAGAAGUAGGGACACGACAUCAGGCCCUCUGUGAGGAGGCUCGGUCUUAUCCACCUCCUGGGCCUGGUGCUGCUGCAGGUGACAUCUGUGCUGGGGAAAUGACCCUGAGGUUUGGGGCAGAAUGGCUGCCUUCAGCCCUGCUCCUUCUCCAGGUCCAAGGCUCUUUGUCUCUGAGUGGCCCCCACACCGUGACGGGCACUGUGGGGGGAUCCCUGAGCGUGCAGUGUCGGUACGAGGAGGAAUACAGAAACUAUAUCAAAUUUUGGUGCGACUACCCGUGCUUGCCACUGAGGAAGAAGAUUGUGCAGACGACAUUUUCAGAGAGAGAAGUGAGGAGCGGUCGUGUGUCCAUCAGGGACUAUCCAGCAAACCUCACCUUCACGGUGACCUUGGACAGCCUCACAGAGGAAGAUGAAGGCACGUACAAGUGUGGGAUCCUUUCGCCAUUCAGUCACGACCCCAUGUUCCAGGUUACGGUGUCUGUGUUCCCAGACCCUCAAACCCCCUGCCCCACAGAAAUCCCCAGCCCAAAGGUCUUCACGAGCAACCUGGGCCCUCCGUCCUCGCUGCCAGUGACCACCUGGCCCAGCAUGACCAGGCAGGAGACCCCGGAUCCCAGCCAACACCCUCGGUCCUUCCUCAGCAACGUCCGCUUCCUGCUCCUGGUCUUCCUGGAGCUGCCCCUGCUCCUGAGCAUGGUCAGUGCCGUCCUCUGGGUGAACAGGCCUCAGAAGAGCUCUGGGCGGAGGUGCAACCAGCCUGAUUAUGAGAAGCAGUAACACUUGUGGCCCAUCGAUGCCCCGCCCGGGACCCCAGCCCCUCUGGUGGAUGGAAAUGAUCUUCUGACUAGUAAAUCCAAUGUCAUUGUCCAUGUUUCUGUGAGAAUAUUCUGCAGACCUUUUGAAAGCUGUUUCUUGCAAUGUAUCAGACACGUACAAACACGUGUCUAGUCAGUGCGUUCUCCUUAAGCCAGGAAGAGUCUCCCCCACUGUGCGCCCACCUUGUACCCUAAGUAAUAAAGAGCAUCAACGCUCCUGUAGCCCUCAGCUCCUCCUCUGAGGGGGCCCACCUGACUUUCAUGUCCAUCAUCUCCUUGUUUACCUCAUGGUUUGGCCAUACGUAUUUAUAUGCGUUUCCAGGGGGUAUCCGUAUAGUUUGUAACAGUCCCCAAGGUUACUUUGUUUAA